AUGAAGGGAAGAGGUGCGAAUCGGGGAUUGGAAGUGACGACGAGGAGGAAUGAGAAAGAGAGAGGGGUGUGUGGGGGACGGCUAAUGUCGCUGCCGUAUGAGCUGGUUGUGGACAUCCUGGGUCAGCUGUCGAGAUUGGACCUGAUCGCCUUAGCUACGGUCUCCAAGGUACACGGGGUUGCCGCAGGGUGCCAUAAUUUCAGGCGGUGGAGAAAUCGGAAGGGUACCUUGGAGCCGUAUAUGUAUGUAUUGAUGCACAUGGCUCCAGACCCAAGGCCACGGUGGUUGGUCCUCCACCCCGUGCAACGUCGGCUGAAACCGGUCCAUUCGGUCUUGUAUCCGGCCCCGGUGGCAGGAUCCUGUUUCGUGGGGACGGGUGCGGGGAUCUAUACGAUCGGUGGGCUCAUCAACGGCAAACCCACAUCGCAAGUCACGUUUUUUGACUGUAUCAAUCACAAAGUGUACCAAGUUCCGCCGAUGAAGGUGGCUCGAAGCGGAGCAUCGGCAAGCCUGAUUGACGAUAAGCUAUACGUGUUUGGAGGGGCCUGGGAUGACGGCGGCGCUGAUUCCUCAAACUGGACGGAGGUGUUCGAUAUCGAGACCGGAACUUGGGAGCUGUUGUCUGUGUCGACGCCGAAGAUGCCCCUCAAGAUCCAACAAAGCGUGAUGAUACUCGAGAAGGAGGUUUACGUGGUGGAUGAGGAUGGUCAACACUUUUCCUUCACACCAAGUAAAGGCAUGUUGUUUGUUGGGUCCGAGAACAAAGAGUCUAACCCAAAAGACGUGAACGAUUGGUUUUCUUUGAGACACUGUUCUGCCGUGGUACCGGCGGGAGAAUACUGUGGCGUUUCCCGUGUGAGCCGGACUGGAAGCAAGUCAAGGGUUUGGAAGAGCUGGAGCUCUGUGGUUGUGAUGAUAUCAUCAAACUCUGCAUCUACUCUGAUGAGAGGAUUGCCAUCUUCUGGAAAGCGAAAGCCCGGCCUCAGGAGCUUUGGUGUGCCCAGAUUUCCUUGA